AAAGAAACAGUCAGCUUAAAAGAAAACAAAAAAUAAUUAUUAUUCAAACAAGCAAGCAAAUCUUCAACCAUGUUAUUCUUUAUUUUAACAUCCCAGAUGAGAUGACCUUCCCCCUCCUCUUCCUCCGCAAUGUCUCUUCCCUCCUCCCACCACUCUUCUUCUUCUUCUUCCUCCUUGUAUUGCUCUGAAGAUGUUUCUCUCAUGGACCUCUCUUCCAUCUCUUAUCAACCUUCAGCAACAACGACAAUCUCACCUCCACCACCGUCCGAUGACAUUACCAUUUCGUCUUUUAUUGACUCCGAGCACCACCACAUGCCUCUCGAUGAUUAUCGCCGCCGCUUCCGUGACCAUUCCCUUCUCGUCACCGCCCGUCAAGACUCUAUCAAGUGGAUCCUCAAGGUGCAUGCAUACCAUCACUUCAGGCCAGUUACGGCGAUACUUUCAGUAAACUACUUUGACCGUUUCCUCUCUUCCCAUUCUCUCCCGGAAGCAAGUGGGUGGCCGUUUCAGCUACUGUCAGUUGCGUGCUUGUCUUUAGCGGCGAAAAUGGAAGAACCUCAAGUGCCUUUGUUAUUGGAUCUCCAAAUGUUCGAACCCAGAUUCGUAUUUGAACCCAGAACCGUUCAAAGAAUGGAACUCCGAGUCAUGUCCAUUCUUAAUUGGAGACUCAACUCGGUCACUCCGUUUCAUUUUCUUGAUUACUUCAUUUCUAAACUGCCCACCUCCUCUUCCACCUCAUUCACUCGCGUUUAUUCUUCUUCUUCGGAUCUCGUUCUCAGGACCACUCGUGUGGUUGAUUUCUUGGGGUUUCCGCCGUCUACGAUAGCGGCGGCAGCAGUGACAACCGCUGCCGGUGAAAGUUUGGACUUACCGGCUGGUAUUGACGAAAGAGUAAAUAAAGAAAUGGUGAGAAGCUGUCAUCAACUAAUGGAGGAGUAUUUGAUAGACACAUGUCCUUUGGCGCAGUUUAAGGACCGGAGAGCCGAGCCGCAAACAUCGCCACCAAGCCCUAUUGGUGUACUUGACGCCGCUGCUUGUGGGAGUUGCGACACUCGUUCGGAGAAUCCCGGCUCAAGUAGCCAAGCAGCGGAAGCCGAGCCAUCUGCUAAACGGCUCAGAUCCUCUGCCCCGGAUGUACAGCAACGGUAGAUAAGACCAUCACCUCUCGUUUUAUCUCUAGUGCUUUUAUACCUUAUGGUAGAGAGAAACGAAAGGCCCCUUUAAUUUUGGGAUGUCAUUUAGUUAUCUUUUCAUCAUAAAAUGAACGGUCGGGAUUUCAUAAUAGUUGGGAAGAGGGAGUUUUGUUAUUAACAUUAUUCGAUAAAAAUAAUUUAUAAUUUCUAAAUUAAGGGUAUUACUCUGUAAUUGAUUCUAAUUGUAGGGGUCUCUUUGGUCAAUGUGCCCAGGGUUCCAUAUCCAUGAUAGCUCAAUUAUUUCCAAAAUACACUUUUAAUCAUGUAUUCAUUGA